AACUCUUCUUACUCAAGUGCAAUUUUUGGAUGAAUUCCACUUUUAUGCAACCAAUUACUUUAUAAUACUUACCUGUUGAAUUGGUAAUUUCAGCAAUUGCUUGAUUUUUUAGAUAAUUUUGUCUUUUGAUGAAUUCUGCUGUGUUUUGUGGUAGGUAGUUGGGAAUCAAUGGAAUAUUAUGAAUUUUCUUGAUGUUCGAUGAUUUGUUGGCAAUUUGGGUACAACUUUGUUUAUCUAUUUGAUUGAAUUACUUCCUGUGGAUGAUUUUUGGGGGCAUAAGCUGAUGCACAAAAAAUUACUGUAAAAUGAAGGUCAAUCUCAGAUUAUACAAGAUGGACUUGAAAUUUGUUAAGGGUAAUCAGAAGUUAAGAUCUGCUUAUAGUUAUUGGUAAUCCUCCUGUAAGCUUCAAUGAGUUUUAGAAAUCACUAAAUUUAGCAUUGGAAAAUAAGUGUACCUACGAGUUUAGGUAAUCAGCAAGUAGUAGCUGAUAAUGUAUGGCAAGUCAUCAGGAUACUCAGAAUUGAUAGACUCCAAGGUUAUACAUUUGCUGACUCACUAUACAUGUCGAUCACCGUGACAAGGAAACACUACCUAUAUACUUCAUCAUGUUUUAAUUAAUUAUUCUACUAUUAAUUAGUAAGUCAUUAUCCGGUAAUUAGCGUCAUAAAUGAUCUAGCUAUAUACAAAACUGAUGAGAGAUGUAGCUAGGUUUAUAUUGAGUUCAAAAUUGACUUAUGCAUCAAAAUCUAUAAGUAGGGAUAAUAAUUUGAGAACCAACUACUUCAAAAUGGGGCUACAAAAUCAUAAUUAAUAAUAAUAAAUAAUUGGCAAAUUGUCAUUAUCCUGAGACUAACUACAGAUAAUAGUGAUUAAUCAUACAUGAAUGAAUCCUUAUAAUUGAAAGGAUGGUCCCAGCAUAAAAGGGAGGGACAAUUGAUAAAAUGAAGUGUUAAUGUUGUGACUUGGGUUGGACUAAGUCUAGACUCUAGAGGGGUGUCCUAUGAAAAUUAAACCUGGGUGUCCUACGAAUAGAUUUUAAGAGGAGGCAGUUGCCUUGCUUGCCUAGUUGCCUUACUAUGGCGGACCAAAUCUUUCUUACGUCAUUCGUGCCAUACUUGUAUCUUUCUUGAGGUUUAUUUUAUUUAUGAGCUCCCCCCUUUGACUUUGAAGAACAUGGUCACAAGAAAUUGUAAUUAAUUGUUUUGCUGUCCGGAUUUUUUAAGUUCCCCUCUUGAAAAGACUAAUAGGCAAUCAACUUUUGUUAAUCUCUGAUGAAUUUAAUAAUCAUAAACAAUAGUCUGAAGCAACUACAUUCCCGAUGAUCGAUAGAAAAUACCAAAACUUGUAAUAUUGGUGGUUUUAAGAAUUGAGAUGGUUCACCCGUGAGGUCAUCGUAUAAGGUUCCAAUUUAUUUUUUGAAAUGGAAUGAUUUUUUGUUUGUAUGGAUUGAUUAUCAAUUUUCUUUUCUUUAUUUAACACGAGGAGUGCUAAAAUAUUCAUCUUAUUUAUUAACGAAUACUAGGUUUAUGUAGUAAAAAGAGUUAGAAAACCAACUAAUAUGAAAGUAAUUUUGCAGUAGGACGAAGAUAACAAUGAUAGAUCACGAAUGGAUGUAUAAUAGGGUUAAUGGAAAUUUUUUAAGUUCAACUUAUGCACAAAAACUCGACAGAGUUUAUUGAAUUUUCUUGUAAGCAAGACAAUGUUAUGAUUGAUGGGCUAUUGAAAUGCCCUUGUACAAAAUGUUAUGUAUUUGGAUCCUGAUGUUGUGAAGUUCCAUCCUUACCAAAAAUGGGUUCCGGUCUAACUACCACAAAUGGACUUUCCAUGGGGAAGAUGAUUUUGACAAUGUGAUUCCAACUAGUGGGUUCACCUCCGUCGGAUAGACAAAAAGUUAUGUGGCAAUACCUAGUUACUAUUUUUUUUACGGAAGUUACAAUUAAAAUAUAUUAGCUGAUCUUGUUUAUUACUCCUUUCAUCCCUUUUUAUUCUUUACUUAUUUCGUUUUGGGUGUUCCAUUUUAAUAUUUACGUUUGGAAUAUUUUCUUUUAAUUGUAGCAUAAAUAUCCUUAAUAUUAUGUUAAAAAUCGUGUAAGUGAUUAUUUUAAACAAUCAAAUUCAUUGGGCACAAAAUUUUCACACUUUCCCAUUGAGGAAUUGAAUAUCUCACAUUUUCCCAACGUCAUGUUUUAGAUAAAAGUGAAAACAUUAUCAAUAAAUGUAAUUUGCAUUCAUUCAUUAUCAUUACCCUUGCCUCAAAGAGACCCCCACAAAAAGCGCAGUAAGGGGGGGUCGGACGUACGCAACCUUACCCCUGCAAUUGCACAGAGGUUGUUUCCAAUUGACCCAGAAGCGAUAACGGGACGACAACAGAACGACCAUCUUCUACUUCAUGGAAAGGAAGCGAAGGGGUUUUAAGAGCCAUUUUGAUUUAGUCCAUUACAUCCCACAGCCAAAAGAACAAAUGAAUCUUUGGCUCCAUCGGAAAUGGACAAAAACAAAAAACAAUGUAAUUUGUAUUGUUGAAAUAAAUAAAAAUAAAUAAAGUAUUAGUUGUAAUUUUACGUUUUGUAUCAUUCACGCGAGUUAACAACUAAUUAAUGUUAACAAUUAAGCUUUUAAACAAAUAUUUACAGAAUCCACAUAUUUACAAACCCCCAUUACUUGUUGCUGUGAGUCUGUGACCACCGUUUCUGGUGGGAGGUUGUGCGGAAGGAAUAGGCUUCCUGUUCGCCUCCAAGAUCUAAUGGUUAGUCACUUGUGUUUGAAGUACAAAGUUGAUUCAGAAGCCUCAUCGGGAAAAAAUCCGAAGCCCCAAUUAAGUAAUUUAAACUAGGUCAGCCCCAAAUGGAAGGAAGUUUUCCCAACAAUUGAUGAUCCAACCACGAGCUGGUUGCAAGAUGAGAAUAUUAGAUGAGAAUAUUAGUUGCAUAAAUGUCGUCAAUUGCUAGAAUAUAUAGCCAAUUCCAGUCUCCUAGAAGCUAGAAGACAUUGAAUCUCUACCUAAGGCCAAUUUUUGGGAGUUGUGGCUUUUGUUUAUGUGAAAGCUCAGGGAGAAAGGUAGUGGAUCCAAAAAUCAAGGGAGGCAGGCGGAAGGUAAGGAGGAGUGGUGCGGCAGUGAGAUCUUUGUCUUUAAUAUAAAAUUAAGCGAAACUUAUACCAAACCGCUAAUUCAGGUCUCGUUCGGGGACGUUGUGGUUUAUGGUUUUUCCGUUUUUUCAAUAAAAAUAAAACAAAAACGUGUUCGCCUAAUCAGUUGCAUAAAACAAGUAUCUCCGCUUUUCGCGAAAAUAAAACAGAAUAAAGAGAAACCAAAAAAAGUGGUUUUAUUAUUUCAGUUUUGGGUUUUCUGUAUUCCGCGCCGCUACUUCAUCUUCCUUGCUCUAAAUCCUUCUCCUUCCAGAGUUCCAGGUAUGGCUUCUUCUUCUUCUGCUAUCUCUUUUGUGUCAUUGUUCUUGCUUCAAUUUCGCCCCCUCCCUUCGUCUUCUUUUUCUAUCUCUUUUGUAUUAUUGUUUUUGUUUCAAUUUCGCCCCCUACCCCUCUAUUUCUUUCUCUGCCUUCUGCAAUUAGUGAAUCAAAUUAUUAAAGAAUAAAUAUUUAAAUUUCUUUGAGUAUAGAAAUUUUCUAUUUAUUACUCAUAUUAUUGAUUUUGGUGAAUUAGUGUUUUUAUGAGUUUUGAUUUUUUAUGUUUUUUUUUUAGAUUAUGAUUUUCUAUCUGAUUGUGGGAUUACUGAUUGUAUUGUAAAGUAGAUACGGAGUAUUCUCUUAGUACACGAUUUGAUAAUCUUUGAGUUUCUUUACUGAUGUUUGAACAAUUUCAAUUUUUGUUUCUUGUAAUUUGGACUGUAUCUCAAGAUGGCCUCUUAAUGCCUUUGUGAUUGGAACAUCUAUGUUGAAUUCAGGAGAAUGACUUAGUACAAUACAUAUUAUCGAAUUCUCCAAGUUCCAAUGUUGUCCUUCACUCUUCUAGCUUAUUAUCGCAACUUAAUACAAUAUGGAGUAUUAAAACCUAGGCUAUGAUAGUAUAAUAUAUACUCUGCAAUAGCAUUAGCAACCAACAAAAAAGAACAUUUGUAUGAUAAAAAUGGCCACAUACGUACAUAGCCUAAAUCAUAAUUGUUUUGGAGAUUAUGAUCUUUCAUAGUUCAUGUUGGUAACAUACUGCUUGUAUGCUUCUGAUUUCAAAUUAUGGAUUUAGAUCGGAUCGAGAUUAUUUCAUUUGAGUUGUAUUAAAAAUACAAUCCUCUAUACUUGAUGAGCUUGAAUAUAUAACUUAAUAUAGAUUAAAUGAUAAACACACACUAACCAUAUAACAUUCUUUUUUUCUAUUUUUAGUUUAUAACACUUCACAGUAUAUUAUAACAUUAUGUUUUUCUUUUUAGUUCCUAAUAUUCUUCAUGUAUUGUAUAGUACGUGCACUCGUGAGUUUAAUUUACUUGAUAUAUUUAUCUCCAUUACUAACGAUGUUGUAUAUAAUGUGUCAAGGAAUUGGUUCUAGUAAUGAUUAUGACUUAAUUUCUAAUUAGUUUUUAGUCCAAAUUAAAUGACAUUGAUCAUUUGUUUACCAUUGUUUGGUAGAUGUCGAAUUUGAACAAUGACAUUAAGAUUGAAGAUGAUCUUGUUGAGGUUGACUUUAUCGGAGCGUUUGGGGUAUGGAACGAAACCAUUGAAUCUUACUUGAUAGGCUUAAUAGAAGAUGAAGUGAAAAAGGGAAAUAGACCAACUACUACUCUUACCAAACCCGCUUGGAAGCUUAUCAAGGAGAAAUACCGCUAAUUGAAUUGACGAUUUUGUACUGACUUGUAAAAAAAAAUACCGGAUUUAAUGCUGACGUGGACGGUAGAUUGGGAAUUAUAUUGAAAUGGGACAUAUUUUGGGAAUUUUGUUAUUUUUAAGCAUUAUCUACGGAUAUCUCUCUUUCUUUACGGCGUAAUAUAUGAUAACAAGUUAAAAAACAGUUUGUCUUCCAUAUUUUUUUUAUAAUUUGUGUGCAAAAUAUAAGGUUUAUGGGUUCUAUACUUCUAUUUGAUUAUAAUUUGUUAAUUGUCACAUGUGAAGUAUUGUUGAUGAAAAUGGGGUCAUUGGCAGCUCAAAUUUACGGUCCUACCACCUAUAAUGGAAGUUCAUACUCAUGGAAUCAAGUUUCUGGAGCCAAGUUCAUGUUUUUCACCCAAAAGCGGAAGCCUAGUACAUUUAAGGCUUCCUCUGGAUUAUCAAAAUCAUCAGUAUUUUCAAUGGGAAAGAAAAAUAAUUGCAGUGUGAAUAUUUCGAAAAUUGAUUAUGGUAGAAUCGGGCAGUUUGGUUUAGUAGAUGAGAAUGUAUGCGGGAUAAAUUAUUCGAUAAUGCGUUCGAAGAAAGAAGGUGGGCAGCACCCAUUUGUGGUUACUUGCUUAGCCAAUGGAGAGAUUAAUGCAGAGGAGAAGGUGAAUGUGCUGGUAAUUGGUGGGGGUGGAAGAGAGCAUGCACUUUGCUAUGCUUUACAACGGUCACCAUCAUGUAAAACAGUUUUUUGUUCACCUGGGAAUGUUGGAAUUUCAAGUUCAGGGGAUGCAAUUUGCAUACCAGACAUCUCCUCUGACAGUUCCGCUGUCAUCUCUUUAUGCCAGAAAGAGGCAAUUGGAUUAGUUGUGGUAGGACCAGAAGCACCCCUUGUUGCUGGUCUUGCAAAUGACCUUGUCAAAGCUGGUAUCCCAACUUUUGGUCCUUCAUCUGAGGCUGCUGCUCUAGAGGGUUCUAAGGAUUUCAUGAAGAGUUUGUGCUAUAAGUAUGGUAUUCCCACUGCCAAGUAUCAAACAUUUGCCGAUCCAAUUGCUGCCAAACAAUAUAUCAAAGACCAAGGAGCACCUAUUGUCAUAAAGGCUGAUGGUUUAGCUGCUGGAAAAGGAGUGGUUGUAGCUAUGUCACUGGAUGAGGCUUACGGAGCUGUCGAUUCAAUGCUUGUAAAUGGCAUUUUUGGUUCUGCAGGUAGUCGUGUCAUUGUUGAGGAAUUUCUGGAAGGAGAAGAAGCAUCCUUCUUUGCACUGGUGGAUGGUGAAAAUGCUAUUCCUUUAGAAUCUGCUCAAGACCAUAAACGUGUUGGAGAUGGCGAUAUAGGGCCAAACACAGGUGGAAUGGGUGCAUAUUCGCCUGCACCUGUGUUGACAAAAGAACUUCAAUCUUUGGUGAUGAGUUCUAUAGUUAUUCCCACUGUCAAAGGGAUGGCAGAAGAAGGUUGCAAGUUUGUGGGGGUCUUGUAUGCUGGGCUUAUGAUUGAAAAAAAAUCUGGACUUCCCAAGCUUAUUGAGUACAAUGUCCGGUUUGGAGACCCAGAAUGCCAGGUUUUGAUGAUGCGUUUGGAGUCGGAUUUGGCACAAGUUCUUCUUGCUGCUUGUAGAGGUGAGCUAACUGGAGUAUCAUUAAAAUGGUCUCCUGGUUCUGCUAUGGUAGUAGUCAUGGCCAGCAAGGGAUAUCCUGGAAACUAUAAAAAGGGAACUGUCAUAUGUAAUAUAGAAGAAGCAGAAGAAGUUGUUCCUGCUGUCAAAGUAUUUCAUGCAGGAACCGCUUUAGAUUCUGAAGGCAACUUGGUUUCUGUUGGGGGUAGGGUUCUAGGAAUUACGGCCAAAGGGGAUGACCUUCAAGAGGCACGGGAUAGAGCCUAUCAAGCUACUGAGAAAAUCAACUGGCCUGAAGGGUUUUAUCGACAAGAUAUUGGCUGGAGAGCCCUCCCUCAAAAGCAAUGUUCAUCGACAUGUUAAUUUAUUUUCUUUCUUUAGAAAUUUUGGAUAUAUAUCAUGAAACAUUAAUCUCCAAUGAGGUAGGAAACAAAGAGAAAUAAGACUAGUUGUUUAGAACUUUAGAUAGCCUAAUAUUGUUUUCUGUUUAUUUUCAUGCCUCAAAUCAGAUUUUUCCUUGCGUUGCUUCCAAUUUUCAUGUCUCCAAUAUUGUAUCUUUAGAUAUUGAAUUUACCGCUUAAUCUAACAAUUUGGCUGGCUCA